UCCGUUAUCUCCUUCCUCCCCAAAACUUGUGUGGAUAACCUCGGUCGGGAAGACCAUACAGAAAGCUUCUCAGAGCCAAAACCCUAGAACAAACUGUAAAAUUGUUCUAAAACCCACCUAAAUAAUGGCAUUUUCAUCGUCUCUAGCAGCAACACUGUUUCCUUUAUGCAAUUCGUCCUCAAUUUCUUCUACACCUAAGCUUUCUGGUUUGCCAUUUCUUUCAAACGCCUCAUCGACCUCCAGGGUUCAAUUCCAAUCACCUCGUUUAUCUACAACUAGAGUUUUCUCAGCUCCUGAAACUUUGGAACAACCCCUUGAGAUUGGGGAUUCUGAAUCGUCAACGGUGAUUGUGGGUUCUGAUUCGGAUAAGAUGGCACCAAAACAGAAAAUAAGGAUUAAACUGAGGUCAUACUGGGUGCCUUUAAUCGAGGAUUCGUGCAAGCAGAUCAUGGAUGCGGCUAGGACCACAAACGCAAAGACCAUGGGUCCGGUUCCUUUGCCAACCAAGAAAAGAAUAUAUUGUGUGCUUAAAUCUCCUCAUGUUCACAAAGAUGCAAGAUUUCACUUUGAGAUCAGAACCCAUCAAAGGCUUAUCGACAUUCUACACCCGACUGCACAAACCAUCGAUUCUUUAAUGCAGCUCGAUCUUCCUGCUGGUGUCGAUGUUGAAGUUAAGCUUUAAGAAUGUCUCUCGAGUCCCUUUUUUGCUCUUAAAAUGUAUCGUAAAUCUGUUAUUUUGUCGAUUAAAGGGAUGGUUUUUGGUAAAAUAUUUUGUUGGUGUAACCUUCAUUACGUAUGAUGUUUCUGUACUUCAAAUUGUAAAAAUGGAUGAUGUUUAAAUGAUCACAAGUCACAUCUUUUGUUUCUGUA